ACUCGCUAGCAUUGGUUCUGCUUGUCUGUGUAUCACAAUUGCAAAGCAAAUUCAUACAUUUUGAUAUCGGAACAACAUGGCUUUGGAAACGUUCCCCAAGGAACAAACUUUAGAAAUGCGGAAAAGGCUCAUUGGUCAGUCCUGUCGGCUGUUUUUCUCACAUGACCCGGUGAAGAUUGUCAGAGCUCGGGGACAAUAUUUAUAUGACGAAAAUGGGCUACAGUAUCUGGACUGCAUCAGCAAUGUUCAACAUGUGGGUCACUGCCAUCCGAGUAUUACUCAGGCUGCCUCUGCUCAAAUGGAGCUCCUCAAUGCCAACACACGUUUCCUUCACGAUAACAUAGUCCAGUAUGCUGAUCGUCUGGCCGCUACUCUUCCAAACAAGCUUUCUGUCUUCUACUUUGUUAACUCUGGUUCGGAGGCAAAUGAUCUUGCUCUGCGACUGGCCCACCAGUAUACUGGACACGACGAUGUCGUUGUAUUGGACCAUGCGUACCAUGGACACCUCACAUCACUGAUUGACAUCAGUCCUUACAAGUUCCGCAAGUUGGGAGCCCAGAAAGACUGGGUUCAUGUGGCCCCGCUUCCUGAUCCCUACAGAGGGAUGUUUCGGGAAGACCAUCCCGACCUGGCCCAGGCUUAUGCAGACAUCAUUCAGAGUCUGAUCUGUGAUGUACAUAAGAAAGGCAGAAAGAUUUCAGCCUUCUUUGCAGAGUCGUUGCCUAGUGUUGGAGGGCAGAUCAUCUUACCACCCGGUUACAGCUCAAAGGUGGCUGAAUAUGUGCGGGCUGCUGGGGGGGUGUUUGUGGCAGAUGAAGUGCAGACGGGCUUUGGUCGUGUGGGGACUCAUUUUUGGGCGUUUCAGCUCCAAGGGGAAGACUUCUGCCCAGACAUACUGACAAUGGGUAAACCCAUGGGGAACGGACAUCCUCUUGCCUGUGUGGUCACGACCACGGAGAUUGCCAAUGCUUUUACUGCCAACGGUGUCGAGUACUUCAACACUUUUGGGGGAAACCCAGUGUCAUGUGCCAUUGGCCUGGCAGUGCUGGAUGUGAUUGAGAGGGAGGAUCUGAGGGGAAAUGCACUACGUGUUGGGGGACAUCUGAAAGAACUGCUGAAACAACUGCAAGCUAAACACACAAUCAUCGGAGAUGUACGUGGGGUGGGUCUGUUUCUCGGGUUAGAGCUGGUGAAGGACAGAGAAGACCGUAGUCCAGCCACUGAGGAGGCUGAUCAGGUGGUGAAAAGGAUGAAAGAGGAGAGGAUUGUCCUGAGCACAGAUGGACCUUGGGAAAACGUCAUCAAAUUCAAACCUCCCAUGUGCUUUAGCAUGGAGGAUGCUGAGAGAGUUGCUGAGAAAAUAGACCAAAUUCUUCAAGAUUUAAAGAGGACCCACCAUAAAGUGGAGAGCAGACACUGACAAGGCAAAUAAAAGGAAAACCCCCGGGUUUCAGAGAGAGGUCGAUUACAUGGCAGCAAACAUACGUAAUAUGGUGCAAACAGACAAAACACCACAUCAAAAAAUCACAUAAGAAAUAACGCGACCUCACCAGAGAGGAAAAUGACACAGAAAAUCAGUAAUCAGCUGGAAACGUCAUUAUGGAAAUCUGGAGCGGACAAGUAAUCACAUGAUCAUGGAAAUAUCUGCGAUGUCAUUAUGCAGCUACCAUCUUUAUGAACACAUUGUGUACAUUUUUUUAAAUGACUUAAAGUUGACGAUGUUUUUUUUGUAUGUGAUAUUAACCGAGGACUGAGAAUACUGAACUAUGAUCCAGCAUUUUCACUGUGUUCUUCACAGAAUGGAAAUCAUCUGUUUCUACUUGGAAACUAUGCUGAAGAAUUCAGAACAU